GCUAUUUGUCAGCCAGCUCCGUCUGCAGGCAGCCAGCCGCUCUCCGUCCUGCUGUCGCGCGGACUCCCGUCUCUUCUCACCUCCGAAGCUCGUGCGUUUUUUCUUCAUCCCCGAUCUGGAGUAUCCUCUGGAGUUCCCAGGAUAGCGAGUACGGUCGCCUCUCUUUUUUUGUUUUUCGGGGGGGAGACAAAUAUUAAUUCUGCGUUCUCCAACUUGCCCUUCAAAGACGAAAUGGAGAAAAUGGCCAGACCUCUUCCGAUAAACCCAAGUUUGGUGCCGCCGACGCACGGCGUGCUGAAGUCGCUGCUGGAGAACCCUCUGAAGCUGCCGUUCCAUCACGAUGAAGGAUUUGGGAAAGACCAGGAGAAAGAGAAGAAGCUGGACGAUGAGAGGAGCCACCCGCAGUCGGCCUUCCUCGGGCCGACCCUGUGGGACAAAACGCUGCCCUACGACGGGGACAACUUCCAGCUGGAGUACAUGGACCUGGAGGAGUUCCUGUCGGAGAACGGCAUCCCCGCCAACACGGCCCAGGGCGCACAGGCCCCGCAAGGGCCGCCGGCCACGCCCACCACGCCCACGGUGGUGGACCUCAGCAGCCGCGCCACCACCUCGGUUCACACGGGCAUGGCGCCUCAGGCCUGCCUCUGCAGCCCCGGCACAGCAGCACCGCCCUCGGCCCGCGACACCCCCAGCCCCAUCGACCCGGAGUCCAUCCAGGUGCCGCUGGCCUACGAGCCCGACCCGCAAGACCUGGCUCUGUCCAGCGUGCCCGGACAGGAGAUGUUCGACCCCAGGAAACGCAAGUUCUCCGCCGAGGAGCUGAAGCCGCAGCCCAUGAUCAAGAAAGCCCGCAAGGUCUUCAUCCCCGAAGGCCUGAAGGACGACCGGUACUGGGUCCGGCGCAGAAAGAACAACGUGGCGGCCAAGAGGUCCCGCGACGCCCGGCGGCUGAAGGAGAACCAGAUCGCCAUCCGGGCCAGCUUCCUGGAGAAGGAGAACGGCGCCCUCCGCAUGGAGGUGGCGGAGAUAAGGAAGGAGCUCGGCCGCUGCAAGAACAUUGUGGCUAAAUACGAGUCCCGACACGGGCCCCUGUGAGAGCCCCCCAACCCCCCAAAAAAUAUAAACAACCCGACCACACCCUUUUUACUCCACCCCAAACCCUCAGCCUUCCCUCCAGUUUGAAGGACAAUAUGUCUCUUUUUGGAGGCACUGCCCCCUCCUACUCCUCCUCUUCCCCCCCCCCCCCCCCUUUCAACCAACACACACCUGUAUGAUUCUGGUGUCAUAGCUGUCAUGUUUGACUCCUACCGUAAGCUUCGAUUUGUCAGUUCCUUUCUGUAUUCGACUAAAUACAUAUAGAUACUUUAUGUGUAUUAACACACAUUCUUCCCACUUUGAUGUAUUGUGAGGAGUUAUGAGCCAACAGCCCCCCCCCCCCCCGCCCCGCUACCUUCCACUUUUUGAGAAUCGAUGCCAUGCUGUGUGUUUGUUCACUUUCAUACCAAUUUUUAUACGUGCGAUCAGGACUGUAAACUGUUGUUUCCUGUUUGCCUGUUUUUCUUUCUGUGUUAUAACGUGUGACGUGUCCGAGAGCCAGCGUAUAAAACCCUCAAAUCUUUUCUUUUUUUUAAUCCCGGUAAAUGUUUGGUUGUUUUUUUUCACCCAUCAGCAACAUCUUCUCUUUUUCUUGAUGUCGUAUUUACGUCGUCUUAACACAACUCAAGCUUUACUUUGUGUUUUAACGUUCAGAUAGCACUUACAUUUUUUUUUUUUUUUUUUUUUCCUCCUCUGUGCAAUUGUGCAAUUUUUCCUUCAUCAACCGGACACUGAGCAAUAAUUCUUGUCCACAACUAAACUGACACGACUACCUUUAUGUUGCCCCCCCGCCCCGUGUUUGAACUAACUCUAUAGAACCUCUGCAGUAACGUGUCUCACAAUCUGAUCAGGCUCAAUGUUUCCACUCGCUCAAAGAAUGUGCCCCGCCUUGUAUUUAUCGACCUUUUAUUUCUCUCUGUGUGUGUGUGUGUGUGCGCUGUUGAAUUAAUUGUUAGUAUUAAUACUACUUGUCGUUUAGCCUCCUCCCUUGUUUUCAGAUUUAAGCAUGAUUUUCUUUCACAGGAUGAAAAUUUGCUAAUUUAUUUUUUUUUGCAAAGUUGUUGAUUAUUUUUGCUUCUGUUUAACGUUUGCAUGAUUAAUAUAAGUGUUUUUAUUUUAGAAAUCAGUACAGAUGUCUGUAGUCUCUCAUUGUUGCUCUAUGGUUUUUGUUUUUUUAAAGAUGGCUGUAUGAAUGUAACAGAUGUUGACGUGUGAUGGUGUUGUCCGAUACUGUGGUUAACCAAACGAUUAACAAACAGAGAUGAUAUAUUGGUUACAAGAGAUAUGUUUAUAUGAAACUUAUUCUAUAAGUUGUUCUUUUUGUACAGUAUUUUUUCUAUACAUUACUAAACUAUGUAUUUUAAAAGGCACAACAGAUCCAGAAUAUUAUUAAAGAAUACAAAUAUAUAUAUAUAUAACUCAAAAGACAUAUAGUGGUAUUUUGAUAUUCUAUAUAUAAACUAGGACGUGGUAGUUUUACAGAUAUGUGGAUGUUCAGCAGCACCCAAACCUCCUGGGCAUUAUUAUUAUUAUUAUGAUGACAACACUCCUGCUUGUGUUGGCGCCACCUUUAGGCUCCCAUAUAAAUCCCAUUAAACUCUGAGGAAGCAGAUGGUGACAAAUGCGGUCCAGAAGAGAGAAUGUAGUCGGGCACUUUUUAAAUAUCAACUCAAACUCUUUUGUUCGUCUUGUUUAGUGUUGUGACUUUCGCCCCCGACACGUCCUGACAUUUCUAACAACGGUGAAUAUUCUUUCCUUUUUCUUUAAACCACGCAGCUUGUGAGUCGUUUCUUUCUGAUCUGAUUUAACGGGUUGAAGUUACUAUGAAGGAAGGGAAGUCUAUAGCUGGUUACUCUGCUGCUGCUCUGUGAUUGGUCCCUGAACCUGAGUGAUGGACGCUACUCCUGUUGUAGUGUAGAGCUGCAUGCUGCUUUUUGACAAUCAGUCCAAGACUGACGGCCGAUUCCUGUUUUUUGAGGGAUGAUAUUGACGUUUCUGAUCGUUGGUAUGGAAGUCCAAAGUUGCCAAUGUUAAGUAAUCCAAAGGAAUAGUUGGACAUUUUGGGAUAAUAUUUGUUUUCAUAGCUAAACCGACUCUCUCUCCACCUCCCUACACUCAUAUUUUGAGUCAUUAAUUUGCCAUAAAGUGAAUUUGACUAACCGCAGUAGUAUCUAUUUAUUAUAUUGAUAUAUUGUGACAGCCCCAGUGUGCAUUAAAUAUGAAGUUACAGUUAGCAUCCGAUUAGCUUAGCACAACGACUGUCCAUUUAGGGUUUUUUUCAGAUAUAUGCUAAAAUCAGGACAAUUCAAAUGUAAAAGACAAGUUUUUAUUCUAAUUAAUUUAUUAAAUUAAAUUUUUUGCCAAAUUGAAAAAUUUAUUUCACGUUCAGUUGUUAUAUAAAUUAUUUAUUAAUUUGGCAGUUUUUUUAUUUCAUAUAUAUAUAUAUAUAUAUAUAUAUACACACACACACACACACACACACACACACAGGAAAAAGCCAAUGAUUCUGAGUCUAUUCCAGUGCCUUGAAUACACUGAGUGUUCCCCAGUCUCUCAGCAAUGGAUAGUUUCACAUCUGCACUGAAGGGCUUCUUAGUGCAUCAAAAACAAACACAACUAUAUAUUAUUAUAAACACUGACGACUCUCCUCAUUUCUUAUUUUGGACAUUGCAACAGACUUGUAACCAUUGUAUUCAUGGCAACACCAGCGGACUGUUUCAGAGUGUAAAAACACGACGUAAAGGUGUGUUUUCGGUCUCGAUUGUCAUGGAACGGAUGCAUGACGUGUUUGUGUUUGUGUGUGUGUGUGCUGCUGAGUCUUCAGCCUCUUCGUCUCUCUGUAAUUUGUAGUGUCUAAUAAAAAUCCCAAUUAUUUUC